AUGUUCUGGAGAUUUGGCGGAUACGCCAAUGUUUCUGCGAUCGAUACCCUACUCGAAAAGCCCGACGUCACACUCGAAGAGCUACUGGACGAGACCGACCUCAUACAAGAGCUAAAGCAACAUAAUACAAAACUGAUAGAGUAUCUGCGGGAGGAUACCAUCCUAGAAAGGCUGCUCGAAUAUGUAGUAGCCCCAAAAUUAGAAAUCACAGCAGCUACGGAAGAGCCCGAGGUAGAAGACAAGGGCAAAGAACCAGAAUCCGCGGCCAGCGAGGGGGUUACAUUCUCGAAAUUCAGCGCGUCAGAAGAAGCCGAUGAUGAGCGCGAGAAGAAGCGAAACCGCUACGCCUAUGUCGCAGCUGAAAUCCUCAGUUCGGACAACUGGUCAAUUUGCGAGGCUUUGAUGGAAAACCAGACGAUGCUGCGCAAGUUCUGGGAUUUCUUAAAAGCACCUCCACCUCUUGAUCCCCUUCAAGCUAGCUAUUUUACCAAGGUUAAUGAAGCGCUCCUCGACAAAAAGACGGAUGAGAUGCUCGCACUGUUUAAGUCUAUCGAUGGAGCGGUUAAAAGCAUGCUGCAGCAUGUCGACUCUCCUAUGGUGAUGGAUCUGCUCCUCAAGAUCAUCAGUCUCGAGAAAGUAGAUGGAGGCCAAGGGAUAGUUGAUUGGCUCCAUUCCCAGGAUUUAAUGCCUAUUCUGCUCUCAUUCCUGUCAUCUGAACACUCUUGGGCAACGCAAACCUCAGCUGGUGAUUUCCUGAAGGCUAUUAUUACCAUUUCCGCCAAUGCAUCACAAAACGAGCAGUCAUGCAUAGGUCCAAACGAGUUAACCCGCCAACUCGUCUCCCAAUCAUGUGUCGAGAGGUUAAUCUUGGACAUGCUCAAGGGGGGGAAUCCUCUAACGGUUGGCGUUGGUAUCGUUAUUGAGGUGAUCCGAAAGAACAACUCGGAUUAUGACCCCGAAGUUGGCGCUGAGGGAUCUAUUCCCUCGAAUCGAGAUCCAAUCUACCUCGGGACCCUGCUACGACUAUUUGCACAACACGUCCCUGACUUUAUGGAACUUAUCCUAAGUCCAAACCACACCGUGGGAGGUGGAGACGGACCUGUGACUAUUAAGAGAAAGGAGUUACGAGCGGCCUUCGGUUCCAAGAUUGAACCCCUUGGGUUUGAUAGAUUCAAGACUUGCGAGCUGAUGGCCGAGCUUCUCCACUGUAGUAACAUGGGGCUGCUGAAUGAGGUUGGCAGCGAAGAGUUUAUCAGAGCAAGAGAUGCCGAGCGUGAAAAACUAAAAGCCGAGGGCAAGCUGACCAGUUCAACAAUGCCAGCCGGCGAAUCUGAUGAGGAUCUCACCAUGAAGUCCUCAUUACAAGGAAGACUUGGAUCCCCUGAGGGUUUAAGGAAACUUGAGGUUCAGAAUGCUUCUGAUGAAGAUGGGUUUGAGGAGGUUACUCAUUCAGCUGAUCUGGGAGAUGAUUCACAAGACGAUUUUGACGAGAAGCCGGACACUGGAGACUCGUUUACUCCCACGAAGACAGCAACGCUACUAUCUUUUGGAAAGGAUGACGAUGAAUUUGUGGACGAACCUCUAAGCUCACCUCGAUUGAAUAUGGAGAAGGAGUCUGACCAACCUCAGCAAGAAGAGCCCCACAUGACUACGACACCGCUCUCACCAACAUCAGAUCUUGCCCAACAAGUUCAAUCGUUUGGAUUGGAGAAAGAAGACACUCCUAUGAUUGAUACACCAGUAGAGGAGAACGAAGUGUCAACGCCUGAAUCGAGUAAUAACUUGCCAGAACCAUCAGUACCAGCCGAAAGCCCUGCGGUGGUAGCUGACAAGCCUGUUGAGAAUAUGCCUGCAGCAAUUGAAGCCACCCCCCCUCAUGAGCCUAUGGAUGAAAUGGCCCAUCCUGAGGAUAGGCCUUCGCCUUUGUUUGUAAAGAAGACCGAGCCUGCACCCGCUCCUGCAUCUGAAUCUGAAUCUGAAUCUGAAUCUGAUGCUCCAAUCGGGGCCUUAGAUGUAGCACAUCAAAGCACUUCUAGUAUUGAAAGUAUGGACACGACAAUGGGAGAAGCUGGAGACAGUUCAAACUCAAUACUCAUGGGAAAUAUGGAAGAGGAUCCCAAACAGGUUUUGGUUGAUGCCCCUACAACGCCAGUUGUCGGAGACUACUUAAAGAUGCAGUUCGUGGAGCACCGAGUUGUUCCAACUAUAUUAGAUUUCUUCUUCCGAUUCCCGUGGAAUAAUUUUCUUCAUAACGUCGUCUAUGACGUGGUGCAACAGGUCUUCAAUGGUCCUAUGGAUCGUGGCUUCAAUCGCUCCCUUGCUGUCGACCUUUUCGAGACUGGAAACAUUACGAUGCGUAUCGUUGAUGGGCAGAAGAAAAGCGACGAGGCACAGGAGAAGAAUAAGAUGCGCCUUGGUUAUAUGGGUCAUUUGACGCUGAUCGCUGAGGAGGUCGUGAAGUUUACCGAGAGACAUCCACCUGAGUUACUAUCGGAAUCGGUCUUGGAAAAGGUCAUGAAUGGGGAAUGGAUCACAUACGUUGAGGUGACAUUGGCAGAAACACGCGAACGAGACAAUGCCAUUCUCGGCGGCGUCAGGCCGGACGUAUCCGUCGGCCCACGACAAGCAGUUAUGAACGCAGUAAAUGCGGCCAACAAUUUCGGAGGAGCUUCAUCAGCAUUAGCAGAUGCAGGUCUAAAUGGAUCAGCGGGACUCGACAGCAUAGACCUUGCGAAUGGUAAUGGCACGUCUAACUUCGCCCUAGGCGGGACUUUGCUCAGCGGAUUCGGAAGUUCAAGCGACGAAGAAGACGAUGAAAUGGACGAAGAUAAUGACGAAGAUGGGUCGAGGAAUAAUGGUAGCGCGGCUGAAGUGGGUCAUUCUGUUCCUCCAGCCCCCAAUCUCGAUAAGUUCGAUGACGAAGAAGUCGAUUACGACUAUUUGGAUCGGCUUGAUCGCGAGACCCCUCUGUUUCCGGAGGCUGACUUCUCUCGCUACAUUUCAACGCCAUCAACGACAACAGCAACAACCGGAUCUGAAAUGGAGCCCCCAUCAGCUCCACCGCCCCCGCCACCACCUCUUAAUAUCCCGCCUUCAAGAGCACGACGCCAACUAGCUGCUCGCCUCGCCCUUCACUCAAAACAAAAUUCCGAGAAGAAUGCAGAGAACGGAGAAGAAGGUGAAAAGGACGGCCAACCGAAGAAUAUAAAUCCAUUCGCUGCAGACGAGGAUGACGAUUCUGAUAACGAGGAUGCUGAUUUCACCAUCGGUGACCUGGAAGCUGAAGAAGAUGAAAAAGGACUCCUUUCGUCAAACACGCAACUAGGUGGCAAUGACGACACAGGUACGAAUGCGGGUCUACUCCCAAACACUAUUACUCUACCUUCGAACAACCACAAGGCAAUAAGAGCUAGUUUCCCCUCCAUGUGGCCGUUUGGCAAUAGCAUACUCAACAAAGGGCCAAAUGAUUUCGCUGUUGGAGAAGGCGGUACGGAGUAUAGCAGCAAUAGGAGCCAUUUUGGAGGCGUUAGUGCUCAUUAUGGCGACACCCACAGCUCCGACGGUAGCGAUGACUCGGAUGAGGGUGGUUAUGGGGGUGAUGGACGUAGACGCGGAAGGAGGCGGUUGAGCGUUACGACCGAGGCUAAGAGGAGAACGAGCCUCGAGGACGAUGAUGAAGAUGAGGAGGUGGUGCACGUUGCCAUGGCGGAGGCAGAGAGGCCAAGGGAGGUAGAGGCGGAUGACGAGGAGUUGAUUGAGAUUCAACCUGCUGAGAUGCAGGGUGUUGAGGCGGAGAGUGGCAAAUAA